CAUAAAGAUUUAUCAAAACCAAACCAAACCAAACCCAUAGGGUUGUUGUUGUUGUUGUUGUUGCUGCUGUUCUGUUUUUCUAUCGACCACGGCGGUAACGAGGCGGAGAAGACCGACGCGGCGGCGGAGAAGCCAUCGUCAAAUCCGUUAGCAUUUCUAUUGGAAACGAAAACUCUCUCUCAGUCCGUUCCGUUGCAGUCAUGGCCUCAAUCUCGACUUGGUUUCGAUACAUGGCUCACAAGCUUGAGUACUCCCUCACGCUCAGUCUCAAGAGUCAUAGGAGACAAAAGCUGAGUGACCGGGAACUCAUUCAAAUAGUCUGCAAGAACCUAUUCUAUGGAAAGAUAACAUACUUACACUCGGAUAAAGUACCAGAAAUGUCACCAACCAUGACCGCAAAGGAAAACACACUUCUUAUCCGUAAGAUACCUAUUGCUAAUACCAGGUUUGUAUUCAUUGGAGAUGCUGUCGUCUUAAAGGACCCAAACGAUUCAGAUAAGUACCUUGUAAGAAGAUUAGCAGCUGUAGAAGGAUUUGAAAUGGUAUCAGGUGCUGAAAAAGAGGAGCCUUUCGUUCUCGGAAAGGAUCAGUGUUGGGUAACAGCUGAAAACCAGGACCUCAAAGCUAAGGAAGCAUAUGAUAGUCGAACAUUUGGUCCUGUUUCAACAGCAGACAUUGUUGGAAGAGCUAUAUAUUGUUUGAGAACAGCCGUUGAUCACGGUCCCGUUAGAAACAGUCACACUGCAAUGGGACACGAUUCUCCAAUCCUGGCCGUAGAAUUGGACGUGGAGGAGAUGGCUAAAAACCACAAGGCAUAAAAAGAGAGACACUUUCUUGUAUCUGUUCUUUUUGUUUUGUGUCAAAGCUAAAUUGCGUUCUUUGAUUGAGAUUUGAGAUAACAAUAAAAUCACUACAACAAUGAUGAUAAAUCCGAAUUUUACUUUGAGAAAACAAUCUUUAAACCAGUGUUUGUUUGUAGCCUGAAAUAUAUAUUUGCAGCAAUAUCUCGAUGA